AUGACCAUCCCACUCUCCCUCUGCCUCAAAGCCGCCGCACCCCAGGCCCUGGAAGCCGCCCUCAGCGACCUUGUGCUCAAGACCCUCUACGCCAGCAACCUGCACAUUGAUCUACACGACUACAGCUACCACUUCUCGCUUGUCCUCCCGCACCCGAAAGACCUCGCCACCGGCGCCACCUCCACCCCGUGCUCCACCAGCUCACCUCGACCAACCAUCUGA